UGAGUGUCGGUGCAGGGUGGAGGUGGCUGUUGAAGCAGCUCACAGGAUCAUUACCUGGACAUGUGAUGGACACAUAAACCUGCUGUUAUGUGAAUGCAACCUUCAGAACCACUGGGACCGCGCAUGCGCACCACCAUGUGACUGUGCACAGUGGACUUUGCAGUGAAGCUAACAGCUAGCAGCUAGCAGCUAACAGCUAACGGCUAAAGACAAAUGAGAGACAGGCGCAGACAUCAUAGACUUUAUAUAAAGGCGCAGUCAUGGCGUUUGACUCGGAUCCAAGCGCCAGUUCUCUUCCAGUUACCGGGAUACUAAUAGCUGUGAUAUCAAGUGUCAUCAAUGGGUCGACAUUUGUGCUGCAGAGAAAGGGGAUAUUACGCUCCCGGGACAGAGGGGGCUCCUACCUCACCGAUGUGCUGUGGUGGAGUGGUACACUGGCCAUGAUUAUUGGUCAGAUUGGGAAUUUCCUGGCAUACAAUGCGGCCCCUGCUGUGAUAGUUACACCACUAGGAGCCCUCGGAGUGUUGUUCGGGGCUGUGCUGGCUUCUUGGAUCUUGAAGGAGCAUUUGAACAUCCUGGGGAAACUUGGCUGUGUUUUGUGCUGCUGUGGCUCAGUCGUGCUCAUCCUUCAUGCACCUAAAUCAGAGGCUGUGACGUCGAGACUGGAGCUGGAGGAGAGGCUGUCAGACCCAGUGUUUGUAACGUAUGCCCUCCUUGUGGUCCUGCUCCUGAUCACUCUAAUCACGUGGAUCGCUCCGGCUCACGGUUCAUCAAACAUCAUGGUGUAUGUGUCUAUAUGUUCCCUCCUGGGCAGCUUCACUGUUCCAAGCAGCAAAGGACUUGGCCUGGUGGCCCCAGACGUGUUUGGUGAAGGGCCGCUGAGCAGCAGAGCUCUGGCUCUCUUCCUGGGCUUGCUGGGGACGCUGGCUGUCAGCAUCCUCAUCCAGUUCUUCUACAUCAAUAAGGCCCUGGAGUGUUUCAGCUCCAACACGUUCGAGGCCAUUUACUAUGUGACGUUCACGUCCACUGUGAUUCUCGCCUCUGCUCUGCUCUUCAAAGAGUGGACUGCGCUAACUUUAACCGACUGCCUUGCCAUGCUAUGUGGUUUAACAACAGUGUGUGUCGGGGUCGUGUUACUACGCAUUUCCCAGGAGGCUUUGAUUACCUGGAGGAAGAAGGAGGCACGAGAAAAGACAGACUGAUUGAGAUGUUUGCUACUUUACAUGACUGUAAAGAGUUUAUACUUAUUUUGUACCAUAUUAACGACAGGUUCAUGACCAAAGCUUCAGUGUAUUUAUAACUAGUUUCUCUUAACAUUAUAAUUAUGCAGUUUCUUAUGGAACAGGUCUUACAGUGUAAUCCUCAAACAUCACAAACAGUAAAACACAUUCCUGAGUCUCCACGAGUCUCCAUCCUCAUGGAGAUUGUUUUUCACUUCAGGUGAGCUCAAACACAAAUAAUUCUACAAACUAUUCCGUUUACUUAUAUCUACAGUUUUCCUCUCGUGUCUUUAAAAGGUCCCUUAUUCUCUCCUUUCUGCUGAGGCCAGACUGUCUCAGUGUAGGAUCACCCACACUUUGACUUCUUCAGUCUGCCUGUCAAUCAAUCAGUGACACUUCUGAAGUGGUCUCUUGUUCUUUACAACAUGAGGAUCAACAAUGAAUGAGUGUUUUGUCUAAUGGAUGAUUUGUAAAGCGGAUACACCAAAUGUGAACUACUGAUUACUGACCAAUAAUUGUUUUAUCGAGAUGUUAAAUGUGGCUACAAGUUAUGGCUACAAUUUGGGGAUUUUUUAUUAUUUUCAUAAUCAUGAACUGUUUACAGUAAUUUCUGUGUCAGAGAUGGUUGAAUGGUGAUGCUUUGUGACCUGAGCAGCUAAUUGUCCUUACAUGGGGCCUAUUUUUGUGUUUAAUGUGUUUGGUUCAAUUUGUUUCAUUUUAAAGGAAUAAAACUGAAACAUUCA